AUGGCGCCUUCUCUGGAGGAGCCCACAACGGCUGACUUUGAGGCGCCAUCAAAGAUGGCUCCCAAUCUCGUUGCUCCUGAACCAGAGCACUGUCCCGGUCCUGAAUCCGAACAAGCAGGCAAAGGCGAUGCCUGCGCAGGAUGUCCCAACCAAGCGAUUUGCGCCUCUGCCCCCAAAGGCCCCGAUCCCGAUAUCCCGAUCAUCACCGAGCGACUGGCACAAAUCCGGCAUAAGAUCCUAGUACUGUCUGGAAAAGGAGGAGUGGGCAAAUCAACCUUCUCCUCCCUCCUUGCGCACGGGUUUGCGUCGAACCCGGCCUCGACUGUUGGCAUUAUGGACACGGAUAUCUGUGGACCUAGUAUUCCGAAGAUGAUGGGCGUGGAGUCGGAGACCAUCCACAUUAGCAAUGCCGGGUGGAGUCCGGUUUGGGUGUCGGAUAACUUGGGUGUGAUGAGCGUGCAGUUCAUGCUCCCCAAUCGAGACGAUGCCGUGAUCUGGAGAGGCCCCAAAAAGAAUGGGCUUAUCAAGCAAUUUUUGAAGGAUGUCGACUGGGGCGAGAUGGACUACUUGAUCGUCGACACGCCGCCGGGCACCUCGGAUGAGCACUUGUCGGUGAAUUCGCUGCUGAAGGAGUCUGGGGUCGAUGGAGCAGUAGUGGUCACGACGCCUCAGGAGGUGUCGCUGCUUGAUGUGCGGAAGGAGAUUGACUUUUGUCGCAAGGCGGGUAUUCGAAUCCUCGGAUUGGUCGAGAACAUGUCUGGUUUCGUCUGUCCCAGCUGUACCCAUGAAUCGAAGAUCUUCCGGGCCACCACGGGUGGUGGUAAGCGGCUGGCGAAAAAGAUGGGCAUCCGUUUCCUCGGAUCCGUUCCUCUUGACCCGCGCGUUGGGAUGGCGUGCGACUACGGGGAGAGUUUCGUGGACAAUUUCCCCGACAGCCCAGCGUCGCUGGCAAUCAAGCAGGUGGUGCGAGCUGUUGGUGAGAUGGUCGGGGAGGCUCCAGACGAGGUGUUACCCGACGAUGCAGAAUGA